AACAACGAAUCCAAGUCAAAUGCAAAUAUACUCCCCCGAUUUUAGUAUGCAACUACGCUAUUGGAAGAAAGUUGAGCGGCGGAUUUUAUAUUUUUAAAGAAAGAAGCUGAAAGCGAAAAGAAAAAUAGUAAAAAUUAACCGAAAAAAGAGGAAGUUUAACGAAAAAGAUAACGGAUAACGUGAGGGUGGAAAUUGGAAUCUCGCAUCGGAAACCACUGGGAAAGAAAAAAAAUAAAACCAGUCGUUCACUCUGCGUAAAUCGUUGUUUAUCGACUUCAAAACCCUAAAUUCACCAUUCAAUUCGCCGGCAGAAAAUGGAUCAAUUAAACCACGGCGGCGGCCUCUAUCAACCGAAUCAGCUUCCAAAUCAUUGUCUAACUGAGUUAAAUCAGCUUCCUUCUGAUGUUUCCAUGCCGUCAAAUGGCUUGCUUUCUGAAUCAAGUAGUAAACAAAAGCCUGAAGCAGAACUCAAAGACUCUAUUGCUGCAAGAAAAGUUCUGAAGGCAGAUCGAGAAAAAUUAAGGAGGGAUCGCUUAAACGAGCAGUUUAUGGAAUUAGGAAAAACUCUUGAUCCUGAUAGGCCUAAAAAUGACAAAGCAUCCAUCCUAAGUGAUACCGUUCAAAUGCUGAAGGAUUUGACUGCUCAGGUCAGCAGAUUAAAAUCUGAGUAUGCUGCACUUACUGAUGAAAGCCGUGAGUUGACCCAGGAGAAAAAUGAUCUCAGAGAAGAGAAGACCUCUCUUAAAUCUGAUAUUGAGAGCCUUAAUGCCCAGUAUCAACAAAGAAUGCGGAGUAUGUAUCCAUGGGCCGGGAUGGAUCAUUCACUGGUCAUGCAUCCACCUUCAUAUUCGUAUCCGAUGCCUGUUCCGGUUCCAACUGGACCAGUUCCGAUGCAUCCAUCUCUGCAGCCCUAUCCUUUCUUCAGCAAUCAUAAUCCUGCAGUUGUUCCAAACCCUUCAUCUUAUGUUCAAUACAUGACUUCUAAUACGUUGAUUGAACAACAACCGACUCAGUAUAUGUCUCCAGUAAUACAACCAGGUAGUGUGAUCAGACAAGAAUCCAGAAACAAGUUUUCAGAUCAAGGAGAGAGCAGAACUGAGAAAAAUGAAGAUUCCAAUGAAGUGGCAACAGAUUUAGAGCUCAAGACACCUGGAUCUACAUCUGAGCAGGACCUUUCAUCUGGACAAAAGAAACCCAGAAAGUUGCCAAAGAAGGAUAACAGCCUCACAGAUGGAAAUUCUUCAAGUAGAUGUUCGUCAUCCCAUAGUGUACAGGCUGUUUCCUCAAAUAGUGUAGUUAGGGGAACAAAGUCGGAUGAUUGACAUUUGGAACUGAAUAGUAACCAGGUUAUUACCAUUUUUAUUACUAGUUUCUUCUGCUCCAUCUAUUGUGUAAAAGGUGUACAACACAGAGUCAGGGAACAGCUGGUGCAAUGAGUUCUGAAUUUGGUUGUUUCUCAUGUAUCCCUAACAGUUUUAAGGGGGUCGUCACAUGGAGACUGGAACUGUGUUCAUAUAAGAGUAUAUUGAAUGCAAGGAAAGUUAGCGCUCGUCAAUGAUGUUACUUAGUGCCAUAACAUCCAGUAUCAUUCAUUGCUUCACAUACCAAAUCCUUAAACAUAUCUACAAAAUUGUAUCCCUUUUGGGUGUGAAUAUGUUGGUGAAUUUAGAAAAGUUUUGUUGUUGGACUAA